GUGAUAGUUUUGGUCCUUCGACGUCAGGUCGUUGGUAUUGGAUGAGUUGGGAUUUCGUAUUCUGCGUAAAAGGCCAAAUAUAAAAAUUGAUGAUUUGGAUGGUCUUAUCGCGUAUAAAUUACCUCCAAAAAUCUCAAUUUCAAACGACCUGUUGUGACAUUAAAAAACACAUCGCGCUGCUUAAUCACCGAAUAGUUUGUUGUUAGUUUUUUGGCAAUUUUGACUUUGCGCUCAAACUCAGUGUUAUCCGUAAUACGCGCCUUUAUUUCAAUAUUGCGCAAUGUAUUCGGUGUUUCGAUCAUAUUGUAUCGGAUUAAAUUGGACAAUUUAAUGUAAGUAAAACCGCCGGAGUGUCUUAACAAUAUUUGCGAGUCUAACCUCUUACGAAGAUAAAAGAAAAUAAAAAAGCGCGUAGUGAACACACACAGCCAAACAUAUCGAAUGAACGCGAUAAAUAAAUUCUGUGGUGUCAUUGUGCAAUAUUUUACUAUUCUGUCAUUCAGUUCGACAGAUAAAAUUUGAUUUAAAAAAAGUCGUCAAUUAUUACGUCCUGCCAUUUAAAGUGUUCGAAAUUAACACACAUCUGACCGGCACAUCGGUUAUGGUAGUACCAAGAAAUGGCCAACGUACUUGGUGGUGGAAUUAGUGGAUUAUCAGCCGCAUACUAUCUGUCAAGGACUGUAAAAUCACCAACAGCACUGUUUGAAUCGUCCGACCGAAUCGGAGGAUGGAUUAAAUCUACUCAACAGCCGGGUUACAUUUUUGAGUCUGGUCCUCGAACAAUUCGACCUGCUGGCAUUAAGGGAAAAAAUACUUUGCAAUUGAUCGAAAAUGUUGGCCUAUCCGACCAGGUCCGUCCAAUAUGUGCCAGUCAUCCGGCAGCUAAAAAUCGAAUGAUUUAUGCGAAUGGAAAAUUGAAUUUGUUACCAUCGGCUGUCGGAGAUAUUUUCAAAACAUUGCCACCGUUUUCAAAGCCACUCAUUUCAGCCGUUAUCCAUGAUCUUGUCACGCAACGGAAUGCCACUAAUUUGGACGAUGAGUCGAUUUAUAGCUUCACCGAACGGCGAUUUGGUAGAGAAAUUGCAGAAUACGCGAUUAGCCCAAUGAUUUGUGGAAUUUGCGCCGGCGAUGCGAAGCGGAUCAGUGUGAAGUUUUUGAUGGAAGACAUUUUUCGGAAUGAGCAAAAAUACGGUGGAGUGAUCAGAGGUGCAAUUAUGAAUUCAAUUUUCGGAAAGAAGCAGAAAGACGAAUCCGUUGACAGUCAACUGAUAAGUCGAUCGGUUCAGGAAAAAUGGCGAAUCUAUUCAUUGGCUGGAGGCUUACAAAGUCUACCAAAUACUCUGUGUUCACACGUUCAGCAACAGACGCAGACCAAAGUUCACUUUAACGCACAAUGCACACAAAUCAAGUUUAGUCCCAACGAAGUAAUUUCAACCGUUAACAAUGAAGAAUUCCCCAGUAAUGCCAUCAUUUCGUCCAUUCCAAGUUAUAAAUUGGCUGGCCUAGUUCGUGAUCAACAUCCCAAACUUUCGCAACUUUUAGACGAAAUUAUUUACGUCGACGUGGCCACUGUUAACAUUCAAUUCGACAAGCCAAAUCUAUUGGAAAGUCCCGGUUUUGGUUUCCUGGUUCCUCCUAGCGUAAAUCGACCGAUAUUGGGUGUGAUUUUUGACAGUGAUUGCUUCGACAUCACAGAUCAUACAUUGUUGACUGUCAUGAUGGGCGGACAUUGGUUUCACGAAAAAUUUGGUGCCAAUCCAAGCGAACAGCAUCUGCUGGAUGUUGCGUUGGAUGAAAUAAAAUCAAUUUUAAAAAUUGAUGAAGUGCCUAACCAGACUAAAGUGAACAUUUUGCGGAAGUGUAUACCCCAGUAUGUUGUUGGACAUCGUAAGCUUGUCAACGAUAUUAGAACCUACAUAAAGGAUCAUAAGUUGCCGCUAUUUUUAUGUGGAGCUGCCUACGAUGGGGUUGGUGUUAAUGACGUUAUUUAUUCAUCGAAGAUGGCUGUUAACGAUUUCUUAAAUAAAUAAAUUCGUAGUUUUAUGA